AUGGGGUUGUUUAGGAAGGCGAAAUCGGUCCUACUAAAGAGCCACCACAAAAAGUACCUCUUGGUUGAGAGCGACGAAGAAAGUUUGCUACAAGAUCAUAAUGAAACAACAAAGAAAGACAUUUGGAUGGUUGAAUUUGUUGAAGGCUUCGAUUAUGUCCUUCGAUUGAAGUCCAGUUACGAGAAGUAUCUCAUCACAUCUGAAGAUCAAGGAAAUGAUCCACCAAAUGCAAAGAAGGAAGGGAGGAUGGUGUAUUACACGGUGGUGGAUGACGAUAGGAACGUUGAUGAUGGUUAUGAAGAAACAUCUUUUGCAUUUAAGGGGCACACAUUAGAGGAUUUGACUCUGAAUUUGGAAGAACAAACAUAG